AUGGGCGUGGCUCCUGCCUGCGGUUCCAACUCCUCCUCUCCUUCCUCGCCUGCUGCUGCUGUUCCUGUUCCCGCUGGAACUCCAGUCGCUGCUGCUGGAACCUCUGCUGUUGAUCUUGCGCGUACGCGACAUAGGCCUCUUCCCAAUCCUCUCCUUCUCUCUGCUCCCUCUGUCGCUGCGCCCGCUGCUCCCUCAACAUCGCCACACGCGUCGCGUCCUCCGUCGCCGUCGGCGUUAUCGUCGCUGUUGCCGUCUCCUGGUGUGGGAAAUCACUGUCGCUCUCAUCCUCAUCCUCGGACAAGUUCUGGCCAAGCGCGUGGAGCACAGACCGCAUCACCGCAUCCUCGCCGUGCAGCACGCGCGCCUGUCCAUGCUGUCGAUCGUGUUCUGUCGUCAGACUCUGUCUUGCUCCCCGUGACUCAUACUGCUGCUGCUGCUGUGCCCGCCUCUGCUUCUGCACCCGAUUUUGGAUCAUCAGGAUCUGUUCCUGCUGAUUCUGAAGGACCUGCUGCAGCUGCUGAUAUGGGCUCGGAUGUGACUGCGGAGGCGUCCGACUACCACUCCGGCUACUGCUCUGGCUAUGUGUCGACCCCUGGUCCGUCGAAGACUGUCGCUGACGCUGCACCGGACGUGGCGUACGCUCAGCAGACAUCUGUCGUUCACAGUACUGUGGACGGGACGUCAUCAUCGGCUGGUCUGCCGAGGGCUGGCGCUCGCGGUACUGAGGACGUGAGGGCGGUGAUCCCGAGUGGUCCAUCAAGGGCUGGCACUGGCGCUGUGAAGGUGGAGGAGAAGGAAACGGCGUCAGAGGAGCCUGCUCAAUCGAAGGCUGACGCUGAGAUGGAGGCGACGAAGUCCUUUGAUCGACCGAGGACUGGUGCUGGCGCUCAUAUUGCUGGUUCUGGUACUGCUGGAGCUGCUGCUGAUACUCCUCAAGCUGCUGCCCAUACGAUUGCUCUUGAUACACCUCCUCUUGCUGCUGCUCUUGCUGCUGUUGUUGCUGCGAGGUCUCGCCUGCGGAAUGAUGCCUCGUCGACGACGACGCCGAGUUCGAGCUUGAACGCUGUCCAGCUGCGGACGCAGCCACCGAAGGAUGAGGAUGCUGUGCCCUUGGCAAGGUGUAAAACUUUGGCAUGUUACGAUCCUCAAUACUGGUGGCGAUAUUGGCAGCCGCCUGCAGAUGCUCGAGCCAGGUCAGGGCAUCAAUACGGUCCUUGCACUCGACCAACACCGUUCGGUCGCAGGCCCGGAUCCGGACCACGUUCGGACGCUGCGUGUAAUCCAUCGCCAUCUCGCAUCGUGCCAUUUGCAGGCUGA